CCGGGGAAGGAGGGAGCCAGCGGCGGCUCCGCGGCCCCGCAGCCAGCGCAGGAGCCCGGCGCGGCCCCGCCGCCCCCGCCAUCCACAGGCACCAGCAGCGAGAGAGCGGGGCGGCCAGCGCAACCGGCCCCGAUAACGGGUAAUGGAGUCCAACUGCCGCAAACUUGUCUCCGCCUGUGUUCAGCUAGGCGCGCACGUAGACUUUGGCGUCCUUUUGCCGAUGAACUGCAUGAAGGACCCGUUAAGCCUGGAGCGCCUGGGAGCCGGGAAUAAGCUGUGCUCCUCCUCACCUUCCUCCUCCUCCUCCUCUUCAUCAUCCUGCCAUCACCACCAGCCCGCGCUGGCCAUGGCGACGGCGCUGGCGCCGGGGCAGGCGCGCUCCUCCCUGGAGUCUGCCAAGCACCGGCUGGAGGUGCACACCAUCUCCGACACCUCCAGCCCCGAGGCCGCAGAAAAGGAUAAGAGCCAACAGAGCAAGAAUGAGGAUGCGGGGCCCGAAGACCCCUCCAAGAAGAAGAGGCAGCGGCGGCAGCGGACUCACUUCACCAGCCAGCAGUUGCAGGAGCUGGAGGCCACCUUCCAGCGGAAUCGCUACCCGGACAUGUCCACCCGGGAGGAGAUCGCUGUCUGGACCAAUCUCACCGAGGCCAGGGUUAGGGUUUGGUUCAAGAACCGCAGAGCCAAAUGGAGAAAGAGAGAAAGGAACCAGCAAGCCGAGCUUUGCAAAAACGGCUUCGGUCCACAGUUUAACGGCCUCAUGCAGCCCUACGAUGACAUGUACCCAGGCUACUCGUACAACAACUGGGCAGCCAAGGGCCUCACCUCUGCUUCCCUUUCCACCAAAAGUUUUCCUUUUUUCAACUCCAUGAAUGUCAACCCUCUGUCUUCUCAGAGCAUGUUCUCCCCUCCAAACUCCAUAUCCUCCAUGAGUAUGUCUUCAAGCAUGGUACCUUCUGCAGUCACCGGGGUGCCCGGCUCCAGCCUCAACAGCCUGAAUAACUUGAACAACUUGAGCAAUCCCUCCCUGAAUUCUGCAGUGCCAACGCCAGCCUGUCCUUAUGCUCCUCCAACACCUCCGUAUGUUUAUAGGGACACAUGUAACUCGAGCUUGGCGAGUCUGAGACUUAAAGCCAAGCAGCACUCCAGUUUUGGCUAUGCCAGUGUGCAGAACCCCGCUUCCAACCUGAGCGCUUGCCAGUACGCGGUGGACAGACCCGUGUGAAACAUCCGAGUAGGAAACUGCGUGGGAAUCUCCCCCCAUUUCCCGCAGAGACUGAGAAUUUCACUAGAAAGUGAUGGGCACUAGAGAGAAAGAGAAAGAAGGAAAAAUCAGAGGCAGAGAGGAAGAGAGAGAGAGAGAAAGA